ACAGCAUGGGCAAUUGCAUGUCGUCGAAAGGCGCCGUGCUCUCGCCGACCGCGCGGACGUUCCGGGACAAGCCGACGCUGAGCAUGAGCUCCGACUACGGCCUGCAGCACUCGAGCAUCCACUUUGAGAGCGCGCGCGACGUGAACGAGCUCAUCCGCGACCUGCCCGACACGGCCGACGUCAAAGCGCUGAGCUCGAUCGCGAUGCUCUCGGCGCGUGGCCGCAAGCGCGGGUCGUCGGCAGUCUCGCUGCUCUCGAACGAAGACAAUCCCAACUUUCACGCAGCCGAGAAGCGCGAAAGCACCAAGAAGGACGCGCUGCCGUCGUACGACCAGGCCGGCCCGCUCUCGUCGCUCUCGGAGCACGUGGUCUCGGAAUCCUCCAACCGGUCCCGCACGCAGAGCUACAUGUCGUUCGUGGACCCCCUGAGCUCGAUCGCCGCCGCCGAGAACAACCUCGAGCUCUUUCGCCAGAUCCAAGCCGCGUUCCCCUCGUCGGCCUCGACCGAAUCCUCCAAGAUGAACGACCGCACGUCCAAGUCGCCGCGGUCGUCGUCCGAGACGGACGCCGACUCGUCCUCGUUUUCAUCGUCGAAAGCACCCGAGAACGACACGCUGAACCAGCAUCCGCCGAGCGACCAAGGCCAGUCGCCGCCAAUGGACCCCAAGUUUUCCUUCUUUGUCUUUGAAGGCGACGACAUUCCGCGCAUGUCGUCCGAGAAGGACGAAGACACGCGCCGGUCGUCGUGCUACAUUGUCGAGACGUCGCGCGACUCGAAUGCGUCCCAGCGCUCGUCGCGGUCGUACUCGCCGCGGACGUCGGAUCGGUCGAGCCUUGGCUUUCCUGUCGCACGGUCGUCGCCGCUCGAGGACGUGCCUUCGUUCGUGUCGCCACGCAGCGCGUACCCGCCAAUGGCAGCGGCGGCGACCCCCAAGCUCACAGCGACCGUGAGCCCAACUGCCGCGUUUGACGACCGCAUGAGCUACGAGUCGCACUACUCGCUCAUGAGCUUCUCGCAGUCCUUCUCGAUGGACGUCGGGUCGUUUGACGAUCACUUUUCGGCCUCAGACUUUCGAGACACGUCGUGCUCGACGGGGUCGUUCCGCGAAAGCGGGAGCUCGGAACCGGGCCUCUACCUGUAGUCGUUUCUUCUCCUCGUGUCUAUAGUCUCGUAGUUUUCAACCAAUAAUUUAAUCACCCCUACCCCGCCCUUUUGCCAAACUGCAAA